AUGAACCUUUCAAAACAACAAGAGCUCUUUUGUGUCUUAAUAGACAAGUACAUUAACACAGAGAUCAACACACCUAACGCCGUUUUUUCGUUACAACUCUUUCGCGAUUUUCCACUGACUACAUCUCCUCAAUUUGCUCGAAUAUUUCACGUUGCAUGUAAGACUAACAACACACCAGUACUUAAUUAUUUCGCAGCAACUUAUCCAGACUACUUGGACUUCCCAAACGUUCGUGGAGAGACUCCACUCUUCGUAGCAAUUGCCGCUAACCAACUUGAAGUCGUCGACUUCCUUUUAAACAAGAAUUGCAAAGCAGACCAUGUCCUUCCAACAGGAGACAACAUUUUGCACUACAUCGCGCAGCUUCCUGCGUCCCCGACAAAGCUUUCCCUCAUCGAUAAAAUCGCGACGAAAUACCCGACCCUCGUGAAAUCGCCGAACCUCGUUUUAGAGACUCCACUUCAUCUUUCCGCACUUCUUGGGGACUUGGAUGCCGUCAAGAAGUUUAUUUCACUUGGUGCCGAUUCAAAUGAUAAAACGACUCGCGGCGUCGACGCGCUUGGAUACGCACAAUUUUCUGGCAAUCGUGAGACUAUAGUUUAUUUAAAGAACUUUUGUAAGAAAGAUGAGCCGGCUCUUGCUAUCAAAGUGACUUCUGUUGAGCCCCAAGGGACUCAACAGUCAUUCAGUGGCAAAAAUUCGGUGAACGACGACUCUUCUGAUGACGAAGGAAACUCGACGCCAAGUUUAAUUCUUAAUUCCAACGAAACGACUGUCGACGAGUUGUAUACAAAGUUUGCCAACUACGUUCCUCCAAAGACUUCUAAAGUGAAGAAUUUAUUUAAAAAAGUCCAUGUCUCAAAGAAACUCUUUCAGAGUGAAAUGGGGCGACUUAUUAAAGAAAGUUUUAUCUCUCGCUCGAUGUUAGAGAUCCCCAACGACUUUGGGAAAGGGAAGAAAUACAGAGUUUUGUCUUUAGACGGUGGAGGAAUUAAAGUCUUGAUGAGUGUUAUAAUCCUCAGAAGACUCUGUGUGGAGUUUCCAGACUUAUUAACAAAGUGCAAUUUAUUCUGUGGUGUCUCAGCGUCAAGUGCUGUUGUGUCGUUAAUCAGUAUGGGAUAUAGUAUGGAAGGGCUAUUAGCCGUAUGUGAGAACAUCAUUAGAUAUUCAUUCAAGAAAGAUAGUAUCCAGUCCGUCACUAAUGCAAAGUACAUCAACGACUACCUUCAAAUCUUUGGGCAGACUGCCUUUGGAGACCUCCCACUCAAAAACCUGCCACGUCAUGUUUUAAUACCGGCGUUCUUAAUAGAUAAUGGGGUUGAACCCAGAUAUUGUCGAUCAGAGACCUUCACAAAUAUUAAGCCCGGAAACGACACUGAGAAGGUUGCGGACAUUUGCUUGAGAAGUGCGGCUGCACCGUCCUAUUAUAAGCCAUAUCAGAAUUAUGUUGAUGGGGGGAUUAUAGACAAUAUCCCUUGUGGUCUUGCAUGGCCAUACCUCACUGGAGAAAAAGGCAUUGGGAUUGACCCAAAGGAUAUUGUCUGUCUUUCAAUAUCGGCGGGAAGACCCACGCCAGCACAUUUAGAUGCGGAAAAGAUCGGGGGCGGUGGGAUGGUCCAAUGGGCGACUCAACUUGUGGAUCUGUUCAUGCUUGCUCGAAGAGAUGAAACUGUCAAAGAAGCAAAGAUGAUGUUUGGUGAGAGGUUCCAUCGAGUUGAUCCGGUUCUCCCAGGUCAAAUCAUGUUAGACAAUGUCGACCAAAUUGAUGAAGUCAAACGAAUAGCUGAGACGUGUGACUUGGAGGAUAUGAGACGGUGGAUACGGAAGUAUUGGUAUUGA